AUCUAAGAUUGUACUUUGAUGUAACAACUACCCACCCCACCACUACUCCCCUACCCCCUCUCAGCCAUAUAUAUCCUUCUUAAAUUCAUCUAUCUUCUCCCCUGAGUCUGAGGAACAAAACUAAACAACACCAUUCUUAAACUCUCACUAUAAGUUUUGUACAACUAUUCAAGAUGAGUAAUACUUCCAGUCCUACACCUUGUAGUAGAUCGUGGUCAAUUAGUGAGGACUCGUUGAGAAGAUAUGUGUUCUAUGCAAGUGAGAAUUGCAUCCAAGAGUUGUUAUCAGCUUCCGAUUCAAAAUGUGGGAAUAAUGACGGCUGGAAAAUACUUGGGUUAGAUAACGGCGUGGAGAUAUCGAAACGCCGUUCAGGUUCACUUCACACUUUCCGUAGCCGUUGGUUGCUGAAAUCUGUAUCUCCUCAACAGUUUAUUACUGUGGCUAAUGCCAUUGAUGCUGCUAGGCAAUGGGACAGAGAUUUAGUAGAAGCAAGAUACAUAAAGGAUCUAGAAGAUAACCUGAGUAUUAUACGGCUCAGAUUUGGGGAAAAUUCAAAGCCUCUCUUCAGAAACAGAGAAUUUAUCGUCUAUGAACGUCGUGAAACUAUGGAUGAUGGAACCCUGGUAUAUAUACUUCUAAUUUAUUAAAUGAUUUUUUU